AUGGUCAACACGGAGGACUUUGAUCUGGUCAGCUUCUCAAGUGAGGCUAGUACCCUUUGGCAUACUGCACCCAGUCACGGCGUCUCAGAAGAAGGCCAGGGAAAUUUGGCUGGAUCCCAGAAAUCGAAGCCGGCAAGCAGCGACAGUUUCGCAGAACUUUACCAGUUUGCGCGGAAGAAGAUUCCAUCCUUGUCAGUUGCUACGCCAAAGCCGGCCAAUAAUGGGAUCGCGACCAUGGUUUCCGCCGCACGGCCUGCGUCUUUGCCAGUUGGACCUGAUAAGAAGUUCAACAUUGAGCAACCGACACCAGGCCGCCCAAAUGCAUUGAGUACGGAGAACAUCAGUCGACUAGAAGCUCAGGCGAAUGCUCGCACACACAAGGAAGACCUCCUUGGACUCUUCUUCAGUCAGGAAGAUGUAUCAGUACAAGCACCAUGCAGCCUUAAACCGAAGAUAGCCUCAUCGGCUGGCCUCAGAGGAGGCUCUGGCGAUCAGCUCAACAGCACCUCCUCUCCAAAUGCGAUCAGGUACGACGAGGCCUCACCACCUUCCUCCAGCAGUCCUGUUAGGUCCCCGCCCGAGCAAUCACCUUCUACCGCGGCGUGCGGGAGCACCCAGGAGACGAGCCAACCUUUCAAGAGCACCGCACGGGGAGCAUCCGCUACGCACGUCAUCGUUACAAACGGAUUCAACGGUUCACAUAUUCAAGCCUCAGGGGUCAGUCUAGAACAGGUCUCUCCUCAGUCGAGCAAAUCCCAGGCAGAUAUAAGACUCAAAAUGAAGGACGAUAUCAUUCAAGAUCUUCUGUCCCGCAACACUGAAGAGGCAAAGAUUAGCAAGCAAAAAAUCCACCACCUUGAGACUCAACUUGAACUCUGUUACAAGGAGCUGGCUGGGUUGAAGGCAAAGUUGAAGCGCCUGCCUGAAAUCAAGGCCGCCAACGACGAAACGAGGACGUUGCGGACAACGCUCGCUGCCAGAGAAAAGAAGAUCUGUGAGCUAGAGGAUGCACUGAAGAACGAGAAAGGACAGUGCGCAUUUUUCAUGGCUCAGUCGCAACAGGUAGAUGUGCUAAAGGAGGAGCUGAAAGCACUAAACGAAAAGUUGAAGAAGAAAACCUCAGAAGCGGACAAACAACGUCAUGAGAGCGAUCGUCUUAAAAAGGCCCAUGAACGGCUCAGCGAUACCUACCAAAGUCUUCGAGGCGCCGCUCAUCUCGUUCAACCGGACCCGAGGGAGAAGCUGCCUAGAGAGGUGUUCGCUUGUGUCGAAUGUUACGCCAUGAACGAAACGUGCGACUAUGGUACCACUUGCAACUACUGUCGCCAGAACAACUACAGAUGCAGACGGUUCCGCUGCAGUCUUCAGCAUGUCCUCAAGAAGGAGUGCGGUCCUCUGUGCGUUUUGAAACAUAGCCAGAAUGGCUGGCUUAUCCAGGAGAAGGCGCGACCGGAGUGGUGA